UGUGAUUAGCAAACAAGGCGUAUAUGUUGCGAGCGUAAUAUCAGGUGAUAGGUUGCUACAAAUAUGUAGAACUGCACCGGGGCUAUCAUACUCGAUCCACUCCCUCUUGUUGACAUUGGACUUGGAGUGCGGAUAUUGGGAGUUGUAGUUUCUCCUAGUUGAGGGCGUUAGCUGUACAGGAUCUUUAAACGUAUUUCUUGUCAGAUGUUGAUAGAGAGUUGGGAUUUUCUGUGAUCUCCUGUCUUCAUUGAUCAGUGACAUAAGUCAACAUGUCUACCUACGAGACGACCACCACGACCACCUCGUCCAGCACGACGGGCAUCCACCCCGAUGUCGGAUACGUCAAGUCCAUCCCCGGAAUACUCAAGAUAGUUGAAUUUGUUCUCUGUAUUAUUGUCCUCAUCUGCACGUCGGUGGUGUACUGGGUGCCCUACGGAGCUGGUUGGAUCCAGUUUGUGGCCGUGGCAGCGUGUGUGGUGGUGGCACUGUUGUUCAUCUUCCACUUCCUUCACAUCUUUGAGAAGCUCCCAGGACCAUGGCCAUUGAUUGAGUUUGUGUGCUACAUUGUCUUCACCAUCUUCUUCCUCAUCUCCGCCAUCGUCGCCGCCGUACGUGGAGGCUGGCAUGGAUCCAUUGCCGCUACCGCCUUCUUCUGUUUCGCGACAACAGCAGUGUUUGGGGUGGACACAUUCUUCCAGUACCGCGGCUGGCAGACCGGCGCGUCCCACACCACCAGCUCCUCCGCCGCCACGGUGGAGACAACUACAACUACUACAUCCUACGAGACCAAGACACAGUACUAGCUGCUUCACCGCUGCCACAGCAAGUUCACGCGGAGCCAGAGCAUCCACUUACCUAACCAUCGCGAUAUUGGCAAAUGCAGGCACUUGAAAAUCCAUUAUGAAUUUACUCAGGAUCUGGUUUAAAGUUUCACCAGCUUGCUUUGGGCUGUUAUUACAUAAAAUAUCUUUUAAUAAUGACAAAUGGCUACCAUUUAUCUUUAUCAUUUACUACCAUUAGGAGAUCUACAAUAAUUUUGUAUUUAUUUAUUGUUUGAUUUUCUUGCCAAAGAUGACAUAUUUGUCCACUUUUGACUAGAACUUGGCUAUAAGAUGCAUUGAUCGCUUUGGAGCGUUGAACGUUCUAGUAAGGAUUGGUGUCUCUAGUUUGAACUGAACCUCCCUCCACCGGAUCGUAGAAAAACAGCUAGAUUGUUUGAAACAACCAUUAUGUGCUGGUAACAGUGUGUAGAUGUUCACAAAGCCUGUUAGACUGACCUUGACACGGUCACAGGUUCGAGAACGGAGAAAUAUUGACUUACUACAUGUAUGUGAUGGUUAAUUUACAUGCUGACGUUUUAGGAAACUUGGUGAUAGUUCUACAUGGCCCAGGGCUAACUAUUAUGCCUUGAUAAUGUGUAAUGGAUUGAUACUCAGAUAGCAUGGUUGCAGGAAUAAACUUUUUAAUAAGGUCAGUUUUAUAACUAUCAUUUUGAGAUAACCAUAAUGAUAUUUAAAAGUGUAUUUAUAAAAGUUUGAACAUUUUGCUGUUAUGGUGUUGCUCUGUUAAUGGAAGCCUGUGACUCCCAAGUUAAAAAUUAAAAACACAAAUGAUUAAAUAAAACAAACUUGGCAUCAAUGAAUCAGCUGUUUCAAAAUGCAACUUAAUUAUUUUUCGAAGUAGGUUUUGUCAUUUGUGUCAUUUGAUUCUAAGCAAUUGGAUAAUAGGUUGAAAUUUCCAAUCACAUCUAAUACAAGUAAUAAAUGCAUAUGUAAUUCUUCAAUAGAUAUAACACUGUAUAAAUUCAAUAUACCAGUCAAUAAACAUGAUAAAGGUGUUGUCACAACA